CGUUUACCUACCUGCCUAUCAGGGUCGCACUUGCCCCCGACGGGAAUAUCACUUCUUUGCAACCUCGCAACGUCUUCGCACUCCCUUUCGCUGAAAAAUGCCAUUGUCGAAAACAUCAGCCCGUCCUGCAUCGUGAACAUGGAUCCUGCCAUCCAGUCAAGAUUUUGCGACCAGGUCCGCCGCUAUGGACACGAGCUUCUCUCCUUCGUUGCCCAGGAGCUUGGCUUUGCCCCGGCUGCCCUCUCCAUCACCCUAGAGAGGAUCGAUUUGCCCCCCAACGAGGUGAACUGGGUGUGGUUUGUUGGCAGCGUCGACACGGCUACCGAGCAGGCCAUCCUGCGGUUUUUCCAGACGGACGCGGGAAGGAGAGCAUUGCUUGCCAACGGUCCGGACCCGCUCGAAUUCAAGCUGGCCACCACACUUCUGCGUCUCCCUGCCAGUCAGGCAGAACAUCCGCUCCAUCCGGACCUUCCGGCUCAUCUGAGGGCAGCCGUGACCCCGCUUCCGGGAGACCAGGAGGUUAUUAUCCUAUCCGGACCAUCGCCUGAGCAAUAUGUUCGCGGCACUGGUGGAGCUACUGGUUGGCUACAGACCUUCCCUCACAUGCAGUUCUCUGAGGUCCUGUAUCUCCACCUUCGGGGACAACUACAAAGUACUAAUGGCUACGAAGGAGUCCUUGGUGCCUGGGUCGUGGAUUCCGGGAUAUCAACCGUCUAUGGGCACGUUGCUGCCAUAGUUGGGGCCCGGAGCGUGUUGGUGUCUCCGCUGACCGGGCUGACCGGUCAGACCGGUCAUGCUGAGAGCAGAGAGGCCAAUUGAUAUUGUGGAAAUGGGGAUAAUGGAAUGGGACCUGUCUGCCGAUCUUGCCCCGGCGCAGCAGGUGUAGAUACGCAUGUAAGCCGACGAAGCCAUCCGGCCUGCAGGUGAUUGGGAUGCGGGACUCGGACUUGAUUCCAAUGAAACCACUUGGCGGGAACUCGAUAAGAGGGCCAACGCAUAUACCAAGUGAGAAGUUCCCAAAGAAUGCGUUGGGCAUCAGGUAUAAAAGGCAGCUGAAUUCCCGCGUUCAACUCUGAGCUUAGCUUUAUAUACAUCCGUCCUCUCUUCCCGCCAUGUUCCUCUUCGCUCAUCUUGUCCUUGUCUGCCUGUGGGCAUGUCAGGUGAAUACUGUCCUUGCCCUCUUCAAACCUAACUUCCUACCAA